AUGCGUGAAGCUCGGUUAGCUUGGUGUCUUGAGCACCGAGAUUGGACUUUGGAAGAUUGGAAGAAUGUAAUCUGGACUGACGAAACCUCCGUUAUUCUUCUUCACCGACGCGGAGGUUAUCGAAUUUGGCGGACGAAGGAGGAAUCGUUCGUUCGAAGUGCGAUACGCGAACGGUGGAAGGUUGAAAAGCAGGAAGCUGAGAAAGAAGUUGACGAACUAAAUAUCGAAAUUGAACCUUUAGCCCGACAAAAUUGGGAACUGACAUCGGGAUUUGGGCGACUUGGUCUUCGGAAUAAACCUGGAUCGAAACCGACUUGGAGGUUUACUUUAAAGACUGGAAAACUUAGCCGAUCGAAGUCUCGUGGUGGGAUCGAUUGGUAUCGGUAUUGGAAGACAAUCCUACACCCGAAACUGAUUCCUUUCGCGAAGGAGUGUAUAGUUGACCGUCCGGGAACUGUCGUGCAAGAGGAUAAAGCGCCCUCGCAUUCACACCAUUUUCAGCAAAGAAUCUUUGAGAUUUCGGAAGUUAAGCGUCUUAUUUGGCCUGGGAACUCGCCUGAUCUCAAUAUGAUUGAGCCGUGCUGGUUUCACCUAAAGCGUGAGACAACAAAGAAAGGUGCGGCAAAGAAUCGAAAGGAUGCGAUUCGGGCCUGGCAAGAGGCUUAG